AUGACGCUCUAUUACAGCAUCGUAUUCGCACUCUUGUGCUUCGAAAUGGCCAUGUUCAUGGUCCUCAUCGUUCCCUUGCCAUUCACCUGGAGACGCAAGUUGUUCCACUUCCUGGCUGUCAACCCAGUCGUCGCCAAGAUUCAGUAUGGUCUCAAGAUUACCUUCAUAUUUGUCGCAGUGCUUUUCGUUGAUGCCGUUCAGCGCAUGGUCAAGGUCAUGUCCGAAGGCGAGACGGCCCGAGACAACCGCGGCGUACAGGACGUCCGAACCGAGACCAACUACGCCGCGCGCAAAUUCUACAGCCAGCGCAACAUGUACUUGACCGGCUUCACCCUCUUCCUCAGUCUCAUCCUCUCGCGCACCUACUCGCUCAUCCUCGACCUCAUCAACGCUCAGGAGGAGCUGGUUGCGCUCAAGAAGGGAGGCAAGACCAGCGGAAGCGGUGCUGACAUCGAGAAGAAGUACUUGACCGAGAUUGACACGCUCAAGAAGCAGACCAAGCAGCAGCAAGAAGAGUACAAUCGACUCAGUGACGAGCUCGCCAAGGCUACCGGUACCACUUCGACCAAGAAGGACUAA